AUGCAAAAGAGAUUCCCUGAAUUCGAUGAUAAGCUAGAAUUAGACAGAAAUAGCCCCUUUUUUUUAGCUAAGAUAGCUCCACAACAAUAUAUUAGGCAUAUAGACUCCUCUUUUGAAUCUUUUUUCUAUCAGAGAGACUACAACUUAAAGAACUUUAACCAUUACUUGCAAGUGUUAGCUCAGUAGUACAAAAAUAAUGAGGCUUUAGAGGGUCUAAGAAAAAUGGAGACACUAGGUAUAAAACCAACUGAUGAGUCCUAUAAUAUGGUUAUGACUGCGUUUGCUAAAAAUAGAGAUGUUGAAAUGGUGGAAAAGCUUAAUUAAGAGGCUAUUGACAAAUAUGGAUUACUUCCUAGCGUGUCAAGGUAUAAUGCUUUGAUUUUAGCUCUAGCUAAAUCAGGUAAAGCACUUGAUGCUGAGAAAGUGUUAAGGGAGAUGAAGUAAAAUGGUUUAAAACCCGAUGUUGUUUGCUUUACAACUGUGAUUGAUGCCUAUAAAAGAAUCAGAGAUAUCAAUAAGUGCUGGGAGUUAUUUGAUCUAUAUGAAACAGUUGAAGCUAAUGGUGAUUUACCUGAUGAAUUUUUGCUCUCAUAUAUGAUAAGACUAUGUGCAGCAACUCACGAACCAGAGAAAGCAAUGAGAAUUUUUGAUAGAAUGGAAUCCAAUGGUUUUGUUAAAUAAAUAAUGCCCUAUAACUCCAUUAUUUUCGCUUUAGCCUCAACUCAUAGAUAUGCAGAAAAAGCUUUGGAAUAUUGGCAUAAAAUGCAUAUAGAUAAUGUCCAACCAGAUAGACAUACUUUUGUGGCAGUACUAAAAGCUUGUUCUUAGCUUGGUGAUGUAUAAACUGCCUACGAUGUGCUAUAGGAAUUAAAGAUAAAAUAAAUGCCAAUGACUGAACACGUUUACAACGAACUUAUAAGAACAUAUGGAAAUGCUUGCUCUGUAAAAGGCACAUCUGAAUCAUAGAUAGAUAUGUAUACCCAGGAUGCUUGGAAACUAUUUGAUCAAAUGAUUUCAGAGGGAAUAGAACCCAAUAUUCACAUCUUAAAUUCUCUAGUAUUUCUACAUGCGAAUUCCCUAAGAACUCCAGAGAUGGAAGCACAAGUGCUCCCUCUAUUUGAGAAAUACAAGAUCAAGCACGAUUUGUAUACCUAUCAACAUUUAAUCAAAGCUUAUCUCACCAUCAGAGAGAACGAAACCUUGCUAAAAAUAUUUGAUAGACUUGUUUAAAAAGAGAAAUUCAAGCCAAACUAAAUGAUUCUUGAUAUGGUGUUCUAGACUUGCCUUAGAAUAGAAAGUUCUGAUCGUAUUGCUACUGUUUUAGAAAAAUACGUUGAAUGCAAAAAGAUACCUGCUAAUUAUCUUAUGAAUCGUAUCAGUAAUGUCAAAGAUCUCCCAGAUAGAAUCUAUAUGCUACUUAAGGAAAAUUUUCCCAACAGAGGACUAAUAGAUAAGCCAGUGCGUGUUUUCUCAAAGCCUAAGUUUAGAUCAGACGAUGGAGUCGUUAAAAUGCCUUCUACUAAUUUUAAGAAGUUCAAGCCUAGAAAGACUCAAAAGAGAAAUCUUGGUUACAAGAUGAGGAAAGAAAUCAAUAGACUUUGA